UACCAACCGAUCUGGGCGGGGUUGUUGUAGCCGCUACAACAACAACAACAACUAGGGUGGACCUUAAUAAGAUCGAUGCAUCUGAUAUGAAAAUUGAUAGAGUGUCAAAUAAGAAUAACGGGGCAGUGGUUAUAAACGCAAAUAGCGUUUCAGAUAAGGACAGAAUAAAAUCUGCUCUAGCAGACAACUUAAAUAAAGAAGUGUACGACAUCACCGAACCCAAAGUUAAUACGCCUAAAAUUUUGUUAGCGCACAUAAACGCUGAAUAUUCUGAGACGGAGAUAAUAAAUAAGAUAAAAGCUCAGAAUAGCUAUUUAAAUGAUGCGAGUUUGAAAUGUGUAAAAAUAUUUAAGUCCAGGCGCAGUGGUAUUGGAGUCAAAGAGACUUAAUAUUGGGUGGGAUCGAUGCCCCGUCUAUGAUGGGCAAACCGUGAGAAGAUGCUACAAGUGUCUGGGCUUCAACCAUAGCUCUAACAGCUGUAACAAAAAGCUUAGGUGUAGCAAAUGCAUGGGAGAGCACAAGUCUGAAAGUUGCACUGACAGUAGCCAAAAAGAAGUUUGUGGAAAUUGUUGUGAUGCUGUUAAAGAGUUAGGGCUAAACCUGGAUGUAGCGCACAACGCAUUUAGUCGUGAAUGUCCUGUCUAUAUUAGGAAACUGAAACUAGAGAAACAAAGAGUAGGAUGUUAGCAAUUAGGUGUAAUGGAAAAGCGUAACAGUUACUUAAAAUGCGUGUAUCUUAAUAUAAAUAGUAUAAUAGCCAAUAAAGCCGAGCUUGAAAGGCUUCUUGAGACUGUUGAUCCGGAUAUAGUUUUAUGCUCCGAAACAUGUACAACAGAGGAAAUAAACGACUCCGAAAUCAAGUUUCCAACUUAUCAGUUUAUUAGAUGCGACUCGUAUAGUAGACACACUGGCGGGGUAAUUGUAAUUUUGAGAGACACAAUAGACUUUAAAAUAAUAAUAAAUAGAUCCACUGAUAAAAAUGUCUGGUGUAUAGUGGUACAAUUGAGAAAUUUUGAAACCAAAUGGAAAAUCGGGGUAGUCUAUCACUCACCCAGUUCGAGUGAUGCAGAUUUUCUGACAUAUAUGGAAGCCAUUUUAUCCGAAACAUGCGCUAACAUGGUAAAUA